CGCCUCUGCGCGCGCCGUUCGUCGCCAUGGCCCAGCGCGGCCGCAGGCCGCCCUCGUCCGCGGCCCCCGAGGCCGAGCAGCCGGAGGAGGCGCUCGCCCGCAUCCUCCGCACCGAGGCCGCCGUCUCCGGCGUCUCCCGCAAGGCGUCCGCGGGCUCCAGCCAGCACUCCACCCGCCUCUGGCCCCGCGCCGUCCUCCAGGCCCUCGAUUCCGCCGUCGCCUCCUCCCGCUGGGAGUCCGCCCUCGAGAUCUUCGAGCUGCUGCGGAAGCAGCGGUGGUACGAGCCGAGGACGCAGAUCUACGCCAGGCUGCUGAUGAUGCUGGGCAGGUGCCGGCAGCCCGGCCCGGCCACCGCCCUCUUCAAGGUGAUGCUCUCGGAGAAGCGGCUCGCGCCGACGGUGGACGUGUACACGGCGCUCGUUGGCGCCUACGGCUACAGCGGCCUGCUGGACGAGGCGAUGGCCACGGUCGAUCGGAUGAAAGGUGCUGACGCAGACUGCAAGCCGGACGAGUACACCUUCUCUGUCCUCAUCAAUUGCUGCUGUAAGUCGCGCCGCUUCGACCUGAUCCCCACCGUCCUCGACGAGAUGUCAUAUCUGGGGGUUGGAUGCAACGUUGUCAUCCACAAUGGGAUAAUUGAUGGGUACGGCAAGGCCGGCAUGCUAGAGGAGAUGGAGGAUGCGCUGUCCAACAUGCUUCAAGAUGGGGACAAUGUGCCGGACAUAUACACGAUGAACUCCAUCAUCUGGGCCUAUGGCAACCGUGGCAGGGUGGAUGACAUGGAGAGGUGGUAUGGUGAGUUUCAGUUGAUGGGCGUUGAGCCAGAUACGCGGACUUUCAAUAUCAUGAUGAAGUCUUACGGCAAGGCUAACAUGCCUGACAAAAUGUUGUCGGUGCUGAAAUAUAUAAAGCGGCGCUUCUUCUCACCCUCUGCCGCUACGUUCAACAUAAUCAUAGAGUGUUUUGGAAGGGCUGGCAACAUUGAGAAGAUGGAGUACUAUUUCAGGCUGAUGAAAAUUAAGGGUGUCAAACCCAACCCCAUCACGUACUGCUCGCUGGUUAAUGGAUACAGCAAAUCUGGGCUCCUUGAUAGGGUUCCUGCAAUUAUUCGGCAGACGGAGAACACUGAUGUUGCCUUAGAUACUCCAUUUUUCAACUGUGUUAUCAGUGCAUACGCCAAGUCUGGCGAUAUCAAAAUAAUGGAGGAAAUGCUACAGCUAAUGAAGGAAAAGAAAUGUAAGCCUGGCAAGGUAAUUUAUAGCACCAUGAUUCAGGCAUAUAUUGCCCAUGGAAUGGAGGAAGACGCUAAGUUAUUAGAAAAAGAACUGGAAAGAGUUGACGAGAAGUUGCUUGAUCUGUUCUGAGAUUGAAUGCCAGUUUUUGGUGACCCAGUUGGAUGCCAAUGACAAGGUUACUAGAAGUUCACAACUUUCUAUGGAAUUUAUCUUUGGCUGUACCAAAUUAAGCUGAGCUGAAAUAGACACUAACUAUUGUUCUUUCCGUAUCCCAUCAAUGAGGAACCACUUGGAAUAGAUAAAUUAGUCGUGGCAUGUUGUGCCAUCGGAAAUGGGAGUUUCACGCAGCCUAGAUCUAAUUGCACAAGUACAAACUCAGACAGGUAGCUUGGAAUAUCUGGAAGUGCAAGGGAGUACGGUACAGCAAAGAAGGUCCGAUUCAGAGCUCCAGUCUAGUAUAUAUUCAUGUCAGAAUAUGUAAACCUAGUUUCCUCUGGGUCUAUCGGAAAAUUCACUGCCACAAAACUAAAGGGAGAAACGGAACAACACAAAAGAAAGAAACAAAGAACCAUGUGAAUUUCCUUAGAAUUUUGAACACCAAUAAGUUCAGAGCACAGAACACACAUUCUCGAAGAGAAGUUCAGUCUUCCAGUGGACACACCAGGCAGAUAAUAGAAAUCGAUGGAUACGACUAGAACUGCAUACUUCAAUCAAAAUUCUGAGCUGAACUACUCAUACUUGUGACGAUGGGGCGACCUUGUCUAAUAUGUCCAUCAUAAUCGAUGGACAGCUGGUUGUGAGGUGCUUGAAUCCAUCCGUCUUCUUGACAGCUCGAAGCACGUCCUGCAAAGACAGGUAUCCAAGGCAAGCUUUUUUAAGUUGCAAGGAGUGGUGCUGCUCUGCUAAAGCAAGUGUGGUUGCAACUGUUUGCACAUCAAAUUUCUGGCAUAGCUUCUCUUCACAAAUAGCCUUUAGCCUUUCCAGUCCAUACCGAUCUGCAGCGACUAACAAGUGCUGCAGUGCCACAUUUUGAUCAACAUCGAAAUUGCUUGGCAGAGAAUCUGUGUAUAUGAAGUAAAGAAGUGCAUCGAAGAUGGCAGGCUCCAUGUCAUCGAUCUUGAUGUUUUUUGUAGUGGUCCCCUUCAUUUGACCAAAGAGCUCGGCUUUGAAGACCGACGAUCGUGCGGCUAACACGUAUUUAUGUGCACUGAAGAGUUGGUCGCCGACACUGAAUGUCACGUCCACGCCUUCUCCACCCUUCAACAUAUUUGCAAAGUGCGUGUGCAGGUCUGACUGCGGGACCUGGACCGGGACUGUGCCAACUUGUUCCGUGUGAUGGUCUUUUAUGACAGUCAAAACACACCUGAUUGUGAAGCAGUCGUCAUUGCGGGACAGCAGUUCCUUCAGCUUGGACUUUUCAAUAAAGUUGGUCCAGCCCUGACCGAUACUCGCCGAUGAAAAGAAACACAAGAAGACCGACAUGUAGGCAGCUUUGUCUUCCUUCAUGGCCCCGUCAGGAUAGAUCCUAAUGUUCCAGUCGUAGCCGCUGACGCUGAAUUUGCUCGAGCAAAUGAACUUGCCAGAACCCAUACCCUCGAGCAACGAGUACUUAAUCACCUCAAAGUUGUGGGCGGCGGUGACACACUCGGUCAGCCAUCUCGAGGACGUCUCAGGAUGUGGCUGUAUCCUGUGACUAACAAUGAAGGGAGAUCAGGGGGCAUGCAUGUGGAAAUGAUGGAUCUGCAUCACACAAUGAAGGGAUUCGCAUCACAUAAUCAAGGGAGAUCAAAUGGUCUCAGGUUCGUGGUGAGCCGUGGCGCUGUGAAGUCGGAGGAGAUGUUGAGCAGCGGGCCGGCGAUGACUGCAAGCGACGGCUGGAAGAAGAAGAAGCCCUAGCGGCGGUAGCGAUGGACGAGUUGUUGGAGACGAAAAGGAGCGGACGCAAGAGGCGCUCUAGCUAGGUCAAUGCGCCAAUACAUCACCCUACUACUAAUUCUCGUGGUUGGUGGGGCUUGUUGUUUCGAGCUUUUCUGGGCCACCACGUUGGGCACCCAUCUUUCCUUAGCCAACCGGGUAGUAAUUAAAAUCUAUAUAUGGAAUAUAAUUGCGAGGCGUCCUGCGCCGGGUUGUGUUUCUGGCGCCUGCAUGCGAGUUUGCGGGCUCAAUCCUGUAAGCCCACUCAGUUCUGUUGGUUGGAGACCCAAUGUGACGACCCGAACUGGCGUCGCGAAAGCAAAGAAUGGUUCAGCUAACCAAUACAGAUUAUGAACUAUUGUUGUUGAAAGCAA